UUUGUUUUUGCUAGAAGCUCCCAGAUAAAGCUAGGGUUGGAGCGCUUCCGGCCGGAGGCCAUUAGAUGGAACACCCGGAAGGCGGAAGUCCUAGGACGGAAGUGCCCGAGAGGAAAGGGGAAUGGCGGCGGCGGCGGCGGCAGGCUGGUUUUGGCUCUGGGGCUGGGGCCGGCGGUGCCCGGGGAGGCCUGGGCUUCCCGGCCCCGGCCCUGGCCCCAUUACACGUUUACUCUUUCUACUGUUGCUGGGGCCAGUGACUGCGGAUAUAACUGACGGCAACAGCGAGCACCUUAAGCGGGAGCAUUCGCUUAUUAAGCCCUACCAAGGGGUCGGUUCCAGCUCCACGCUCUUCUGGGACUUCCAAGGCAGCACCAUCCUCACUAGCCAGUACCUGCGUCUGACCCCUGACGAGCGCAGCAAAGAAGGCUCUAUUUGGAACCACCUGCCUUGCUUCCUCAAGGACUGGGAGAUGCACGUCCACUUCAAAGUCCAUGGCGCAGGGAAGAAGAAUCUCCAUGGGGAUGGCAUUGCCUUAUGGUACACCCGGGACCGCAUGGUGCCAGGGCCUGUGUUUGGAAGCAAAGACAACUUCCAUGGCUUAGCCAUCUUCCUGGACACAUACCCCAAUGAUGAGACCACGGAGCGCGUGUUCCCGUACAUCUCCGUGAUGGUGAACAAUGGCUCCCUGUCCUACGACCACAGCAAGGACGGCCGCUGGACCGAGCUGGCGGGCUGCACAGCUGACUUGCGCAACCGCAACCACGACACCUUCCUGGCCGUGCGCUACUCCCGGGGCCGCCUGACGGUGAUGACCGACCUGGAGGACAAGAACGAGUGGAAGAACUGCAUCGACAUCACGGGUGUGCGCCUGCCCACCGGCUACUACUUUGGAGCCUCGGCUGGCACCGGUGACCUGUCUGACAAUCACGACAUCAUCUCCAUGAAGCUGUUCCAGCUCAUGGUGGAGCACACGCCUGAUGAGGAGAACAUUGACUGGACCAAGAUCGAGCCCAGUGUCAACUUCCUCAAGUCUCCCAAAGACAACGUGGACGACCCGACGGGGAACUUCCGCAGCGGGCCCCUGACAGGGUGGCGGGUGUUCCUGCUGCUGCUGUGCGCGCUCCUGGGCAUCAUCGUGUGCGCCGUGGUGGGGGCCGUGGUGUUUCAGAAGCGGCAGGAGCGGAACAAGCGUUUCUACUGAGUGGUCGGUGCGCGGCUCGCAGAUGGGCCCCAGUGCUAAUGUGAACUUUUUUUUUUACCGGGAUUGUUAAAAGACAAUUAAGACGAUCUUAUUUCUUAACCAUUUCAAAGAAAUAAUUAAAGUAUUUUCGUACAUUUUGCUUCUUGCCCGGUGGGGACAGGCAGGGCUGGGUAAUCAGUUUGAUGCACCCUCAGCUGGGGGUGGCGGAGGCCCUGGCUCAAAGCUGGCCUCACAAGAGCAGGGGGCUGUGCCUGGAGCUGGGCCAAGACCCUGGCAGGUGGCUGUUGAACACUGGAGGUCCCCAGAGCACACUGGGACGGGUGCCUGAGGACCCGAAUGGUGAUCUUGUUCUGUGCUUUGUGUGGCCAAGGAGGCUGACUGGGGAGCCUGGGCCUCCUGGUCACCCUCCAAGCUUCUUCCCAAGGUUUACCCUCCAGCGCGGCAGGAGGAGCGGUGUGGUGGGGCCCAGAGUGUGACCGUUUGCUAAAUAAAGUGAAAUCACCAACCUCA